GUACGAUUUAUACAUUUUUGUAAUAGUUUCUCUCUAAGACUCAAUGCCAAAACUAUAAAGUCGUUACAAACGAAAGGUAAUGUAGUUGUGGCACGAUUUUAUCCGAGAAGUGCCUUCCAGAAAAUGGUUUACGGCACUUCCAAGUGUUUACAGUUCUCGCUCGACUAUCGGGUUAGCGGUGUUUAUUUGCUUGAUUGAUAUCCGAUACGGUCCAGAUCCUCGAAUGUUCUUACGCCAUCUUAUCUACUAUGACGUAAAAUAAAUAAACUUAUAACUGAAGGAAAUGUAUAGACGUCUUCUCACGAAUUCAAAUCAGUAUAGUCUUGCGACACGAACAGAGUGCAUCGAAACGUGAAAGUCACAAAGAGCAUACUUGGCAGUCUUUUAUUAUUAUUUUGUAAUAUUUUAUAUCGUAUUACGUGUUAUAAGUGCAAUUUUCAAAAUAGUGAACAAGACUAACAAUACGUCGCAUUUUUAUUUUCUCCGUUGAAUAUUUACCCCAAAAUGUCAAGACGUUUGAGGAGUGCGAAUGUAUUAUUAGAGAGAAUAAAUGAUAUCGAUGCAGAAUGUUCUGAAGAUGAUCAGGAAAUUCUGGAUAUGGAAAAUGACAAUACGGAAAAUUAUGAUCCAUUUGAAACCGACUCGAACACCGAUGAGAACGAAGAGAAUAUUUCGAACGUACGUAGACGACGAAAGAGAAGGAGAUUUUUAGUUAGUUCCGAUAGUGAGAAUGAGGAAGAGGCAAGCGAAAUUGCGAUGGACGGAACUGUUUGGCAGGAAGUAAAAAUAGGGUCUAAUCCUGGAAGAGCACCUGGUCAUAAUAUUUUUAGGGAAACAUCAGGCCCGACUGGGUAUAGUAAACGUAAUAUUCUAUUCCAAUUGGCAGAAGAACUUGCCAUCGAAUACCAACAAGAGCUCGGCAAAGAAAAUCAACCAAUACCCAUCGCAAGUACAAAUACAGGUUCCCGUGAACGGAAAACAUGUCAGAUAAGGUAUUGUAAAGAUAAUAAGACGAACAAAAUCUGUCUAAAAUGUAAAAAGUACGUAUGCGGAAAAUGUACAGUUGAGAAGCCCAUUUGUAAAAAAUGCGACGAAAAAGAAUAAAAUGUAGAUUAUGUACUCUUGAAUAAAAGAAAAUAUAUUUUUAUACUGGUAAACUGGCUAUUGGUCUGCAUUCAAUAUUGAAAAAUAUAAGUUGUGAAAGACCGGUCAUUUGACCGGCCGCGGUAGGAAUAGGUAUACGUGAA